UCUUCAGAAUGAAAAGAGGCCAGAAGGGAGGUGAUAAUGCGGAGGAGGGCGGCGGGCCGGGACCCGGGGCCCCUGAGCUCUGUAAGCGGCUCCGGCAGGGCGACUCUGAGGACGGGGCGGUGGACUGGAGGCAGCUGCCCGAGGAGAUCCUGCUGCAGAUCUUCCAGUACCUGCCUCUGCUGGACCGGGCCUUCGCCUCGCAGGUGUGCCGCGGCUGGAACCAGACCUUCCACAUGCCUGAGCUCUGGAGGUGCUUCGAGUUCGAGCUCAACCAGCCCGCCAGCUCCUACCUGAAGGCCACGCAUCCGGACCUCAUCAAGCAGAUCAUCAAGCGCCACUCCAACCACCUGCAGUACGUCAGCUUCAAGGUGGACAGCAGCACUGAAUCUGCAGAAGCGGCGUGUGACAUCCUCUCUCAGCUGGUCAACUGCUCUCUGAAGACGCUCGGGCUGAUCUCCACCGCACGACCCUCCUUCAUGGAGCUGCCCAAAGUACGUCUCUCUCACACACACAGACACACACACACACACACACACACACACUCUCUCUCUGAGGGCGGCGGAUCGGGGCCGGGCCCCGGGGCCCCUGAGCUCUGUAAGCGGUUCCGGCAGGGCGACUCUGAGGACGGGGCGGUGGACUGGAGGCAGCUGCCCGAGGAGAUCCUGCUGCAGAUCUUCCAGUACCUGCCUCUGCUGGACCGGGCCUUCGCCUCGCAGGUGUGCCGCGGCUGGAACCAGACCUUCCACAUGCCUGAGCUCUGGAGGUGCUUCGAGUUCGAGCUCAACCAGCCCGCCAGCUCCUACCUGAAGGCCACGCAUCCAGACCUCAUCAAGCAGAUCAUCAAGCGCCACUCCAACCACCUGCAGUACGUCAGCUUCAAGGUGGACAGCAGCACUGAAUCUGCAGAAGCGGCGUGUGACAUCCUCUCUCAGCUGGUCAACUGCUCUCUGAAGACGCUCGGGCUGAUCUCCACCGCACGACCCUCCUUCAUGGAGCUGCCCAAAGUACAGAUCUGA